GAGAAACUCGCAGCGCCACUGAACGCACCACACAUACAAAGUAAACGAAAGGACCGCUCCGCUCCUGCAGGAGUUCUGCUCGUGUCACCCGUGGAUACUAUCACCCAAUCGUCUCCGUAAACCUCUCCGUGGGAUUUUUCUGGCUACCUCCUCCUCCUUUUUGUAUCACCCCCGCUUCUUUUCUUUUUUUCUUUCUCAUCUUUCCUCCCCUGUUUUCACCCUUGAGCAUCCUCAGGCUUCCCGCAAGUACCUCUACCUUGCCUGGCUAACUUUUCCAUCCCACUCCUCCAUCGCUCACCAACCCUCGGCAGUUCUCCCCCCCUUACACCACCACCUCCAACCACCGCCACCCUCUUAUUGCAGCUUGGAGCCACUCUUCCCCCGGGGCGCACUGCUACAUGGGGCGCACGGUGUCGCUCGGAAAAUGGUCUGCUGUCGGUCUCUAGGUGCCCCGCUGAACCUGUCGGGAUUGGAGUUGUCGGUGCGAGUCUGCGUCUCUUCCCCAGCUCGCCCGUGCGGUCUGGGCCAGUGAGAUAUGGGUCUCUCCGUGGCGGCGCAGGCACCGCUCUCGGAGCCCCGGCGGCCGCGCCAGUGGAGCGGGACGGCGGGAGGCUGGCUCCGGAUCACCCUGGUUUCGUUCCUCGCCACUUUACCUGUGGAGCAGCUGCGCGCCUUCCCGUCCUCUCUCAGCGACUGCCAGACGCCAACCGGCUGGAACUGCUCCGGUUUUGAUGACCGCGACACAGACCUGUUCUUGUGCGACACCAACACAUGCAAGUUCGAUGGGGAAUGUCUAAGAAUUGGGAACAUGGUGACAUGCAUUUGUGACUUCAAGGAGUAA